AUGGUUGUCUACUACCAGAUCGCCGGCAAGAAGGUCGGCUCCCACGUCCUCGCCAUGGCCACCCUCGGCAGCAUCUUCGCCGGUUCCUGGCUUGCCGCUGGCGGCGGUGAGAAGCCCAAGACCAUCCAGGGCCCUCCCAUCAACGCUUCUUCCAAGGACGAGGAGAACUUCAUCCAGAAUUUCAUGAAAGAGGUCGAUGGCGGCGAUAAGAAACCCGCUCAGCACUAG